CACUGUGUCUGUAGCAGUGGUGAAGGAUGGAAUUUUGGAUGGAAGCCAUCUCAAAGAAAAGGAAAUUCAUACCGCUCGAUAGGAAUUCCGAUAUGCAGACCAAGUUAAGGCACGCAAACCUAAUUCGCGAAAGGCAUGAACAAAGGGUCCAAUACAAGCUCGGGUCCAUAGCUGCCGGCAUCCAGGGUCACUUCCGAGACAUGCUCAACUACUAUCGUAUCAUGGCUGAGAUCAAGAGUUUUAAAAGGGAAACGUACGAUGUCUGGGCUAUUAUUACCGCUUUUACAAUUUUGCAGGGUAAAUACAACGAGAUACGGCUGGAGUGUGGUCUCUACCGCGACAUAGUCCAAGAGUUGGAAAAAACCAGCAGCACGCACGGCUACACCACGCCGGCGCGCACCAAGCGAGCGACCGGACGGCGAGCGAACACUUGGCGGCCGAGAAAACUACUCUAACUACUGUCAAAUUAAACAAUACAAAUGCAAAUAUAUAUUAUAUUUAAAUCAAUUCAAGGCAUUUUCGAUCCCCUAUAUCACAGUUUCUCAAAGUGGGGUACGCGAUCCAUUUGACGAUUUUUUUUUUUUUUUUUUAACAUUUUUAUUAUUUAAUUCUUAAUUUCUUUCAUUCCUACCAAUUGUAUUUUUUUUUGUUUUAUUUGCAACCUUAAUUGUACCAUUUGACAUUUUUAUCAUUUUUAUCUUUUAAUCAUAUUAUUUAUCUGACAUUUUUUAAAUUUAAUUAUUCUUAAUUUUAAUUAUAAUUUUACUUAAAAUAGUAUCUGGACUUCUCGUGCCAAACUUGUAAUAUAUUGUACC